ACGACUACAACAACGACUACUACAACGACGACGACCACGACUACUACAACGACGACGACUACGACCACGACUACUACAACAACGACUACUACAACGACGACGACCACGACUACUACAACGACGACUACUACUACCACGACUACUACAACAACGACUACUACAACGACGACGACCACGACUACUACAACGACGACGACCACGACUACUACAACAACGACUACUACAACAACGACUACUACUACAACAACGACUACUACAACGACGACGACCACGACUACUACAACAACGACGACAACUACAACGACGACUACUACAACGACGACUACUACUACAACAACGACUACUACAACGACUACUACAACAACGACGACAACUACGACUACUACAACAACGACUACUACAACAACGACUACUACAACAACGACUACUACAACAACGACUACUACAACGACGACGACCACGACUACUACUACUACAACGACUACUACUACAACGACUACUACAACGACGACUACUACAACGACGACUACUACAACAACGACGACAACUACAACGACGACUACUACGACUACUACAACAACGACUACUACAACAACGACUACUACAACAACGACGACAACUACGACUACUACUACAACGACGACGACUACGACCACGACUACUACAACAACGACUACUACAACGACGACGACCACGACUAG